UACACUUCUAUGUGGCUAUGAGGGAUAAAAGUCCUAAUAACGAUGUUCUCAUAAACAUCAGCUUAUUUAAGGUCACUAAAACUUAUCGAAUACCCAUUUUCAACGAGACAAUUGAUUUCUGUGCUUACAUGGGACAGUCUGGUGUAUUAGCUAAAAUGUUCAACUUCAUAACGCAGCAUUUUAAUAAAUUCACGAAUGCUAAUCAUUCCUGCCCAUAUCAGCACGAUAUUAUUUUUUAUGGCGUGGACAACGAACGAUUUUUAUCGGAGAUACCGGCUCCUAAGGGUAAUUAUAUUCUGCUGAUGAGAGUGGCGGCUAAUAAAAAGUGGAAAGCUAUUGUGAAAUUCUAUGGUACUCAAGGCUAAGUACAUUGCUUAAAAUAAUGUGUUACCCAAUACGUAAUACUUACAUAUAA